AUGUUUGUUUAAUAUCCAUUUGUUGAAAAAGAUAAUCUCUAUUAUAAAUCACCCUUACAGUAUAUGAAAAAUACAUUCAAUCAAUCAAAUAUGCAUACUGCAUUCUUAAUUCAACCAACUUCUGAAACUGAAUUGGAAAGUUGUGUUGCACUUUUAGGGAAUGAUAAUAAUUUUAUGGGAAUUAUUUGUUUAAGAAUUAAUGCAUUAGGUUAAUAAGUGUUUCUUAAUAAUCUUUAUUAAAAUAUUGAUUAUUAAGGUGAAAUUUAUUCAUUUUUUUGUAAUUAGAAUUUAAAUAUUUUUACAACUAAUACUGUUAUUUAAUAUGUAAAUGGAUCUAUUGUAUAAAAUUAUGAAUUUCCAAAUUUGAUGGAUGUAGUAUUUAAUAAUUCAUAUUCAAAUUCAACUUAAUUUCUACAAUUAUUUUAUGAUAUCAUUUAUCCAAAUUAAGAUGCUCAAUAUAUUUAAUUAGUAAGUUCAGUCAAAUCUAAUGUUUCUACAAUGAAAUAAAUAUUGUAAAAUGAAUAAGAAACAUUUAUUAAUAAUUCAGUAAAUCCUUUAUUUUAAUUAAGUAGCAUAUUAAUACAAUAUGAUAUUAAUUAUUAUUAAAAAUUUCUAGAUUUUGUAAUUUAUUAUUAAUUAUUAUUUAUAGUUUUCAAGUGGAAUAUAAAAUGAAACAUUUGUGAAUAUUAUGACUAUUGCAAUACCUUUAGCAGUAAUCAUGUGUGUCAUAGCCUGGUACAUUUCUUAUCGGAUUAUAUAGAGUGUUUCAAAACCUAUAAAUGAUUUGACUCAUAAACUUGAAUUGGUAUGUAUGAUGAUUUAAAUUAAAAGAUUGCUUAAGAUACAUUAGCAAUCUAAAUUUAUUCAAAUUUUAGAUAAAGUUCCUUAGAAGUCAAUCUUCUUUAUGAUGCCUUAGAUUAAUUAGUAACUGUAUUGAAUUUCUCAAAUGAUCGAUACUUUGAAGGAGAUGAUACAUCAUUAUUGAUUAAAUAUGCUCAAGGGAAAGCAUUGUUCUAAAAGAUGAAAAGCAACAAGGGUAUGGGUAUGAUCUUAAAUAAUAUUGGUAAUAUUCAUAGAAGAUAACAAAGAUAUUUAGAAGCAAUAUAAUGUUAUAGAGAAUCUAUUGCAUUAUGUGAAGAUGAUUUAAAAGUAUAAAUAUAGAAUAUAUAGAUGCUCUUAGGGGAUAUAAAAUUACUUGAAGUAAAACGAUUACAAAAGGGUAUUAGUAUAGAUAUUUCUGGUGAAUCUAGAUUUUCAUAAUCUGGUAGUAAAAGAGUUUCAAUGAUAGAGAGAGAAAUUCAGACAUCUCAAUUAGAAGAUAUCUAUUCAAGUAGGAAUUUUUCAUUAGCUAAUGUACUCAUGUAAUAAAAAUAAUAUAACAUAGUGAAUAUGCAGAUAAUAAUUAAAAUUUGAGUAUUGAAGAGAAGAAAUAAUUGUAUAAGGAGAGUUUGGAAUGUUUAAAUAUUACAUUAUCUCUUGAUCAAAAAGAUAAUAAAGGUUUACUAUACAGAUAAAUUAUAAGUCAUAUUUUAUAAUGCAAAGUAUUACUAAAUUUAGAGGAUUCAAAUUCUGCAUUAGCUGAGAUAUCAAAUGCUGAAUAAUUAUCAGAUAAAUAUGAAAAUUCAUAUGACAGAUCUGAUGCUUAAGUUAAUGAUUCUUUUCCAAUUCCUCCAGGUAUUUUGAAAUAGAGGAUCUUAUAUGAAAAAGGAUUAUUUAUUAAGAGAUAUGAUAGUAUUAAAAAGGCAGCAUUUAUAUUUACUGAAUGUUUAGAAACUAGUAAGUUUUAUGAUCCAGAAAUUAGAAUUAAUUGUUUAAAAUAAUUAAAGGAAAUAUUCUAAUCAUAAAAUCUACUUUAUAAAGUACCAAAGAUAGAGUAAUUGUUAGAAUUAAAUGAGAUCAAGAAAAAUAAUGAUAUUGUAUUUGUAAUUGAUCAUUCUGGUUCAAUGGAAAAUAUUAAGAAAGAAUUAGCAAUUAAGUAUUUAAAUUAUAUUCUAUUAAUAGUGGCAUACUCAAAAUAUUUGAUAAUUAUCUUUAGGAUUAAGACAGAAUCAGUUAUAUGCGUUUCAAUCAAAAUAUAGAGGUUAUUUUUGAUUUAACUUAUAAAUCAGAAAAUACAGCAUAUUUGAGAAGUGCUAUUGAAAGAUCUAAAAACAUAAAGGCUGAAGGAAUGACUGCUAUGUUAUCAGCUGUAGUGCAUGCUUAUUCUAUUCAUGAAAAAGCCGUAAAAAAGGAUAAUCAAUAAUGGAUAGUAGUAUUAUGUGAUGGAGAAGAUAAUUUGAGUAAUAUCACAUAUGAGAGAAUGAAAAAAUUUACAAGUAAAAGACCUUAGAUUUCAUUAAUUGUUAUCGGCAUAGGUUUAAGUUUGAAGCCUGAUUGUCUAGAUGAAUUAUAUGACUUAUGUAGACUUAGUUAGAAAGGGUUCUUAAUUGAAUCUGUAUAUAGUGAAGAUCUAGAUAUUGCAUUUUAAUCAAUUAGUAAUCUUAUCUUUGGAACUUCCAGCAUUUAUGAUGAGAGAUUGAAUUGA